AUGGCCAGCUUUCCCACGUUCGACCCGUCCCGUCUUACGAAGAAGGCGGCCGCGCACUACUCCUCCGAGUCGGAAGAGGACGACGACGAUGAUUACCUUGCCCCCGUCGCGGACCCCUCGCAAGGUGACGACUUUGGCGACCUGAACCCGCGAAAGCGCCGGCGCGUAGGCAACACGAAGGAGAGCGCCGCUCUCGGAAUCUUUGGAUCGGAUAGCGAAGACGAUGGUCCCGGGAGGCGAUGGAAGAAGAAGACGCUGCGCAGCAAGGGCAUGAGCUUCGUCUCCACGGGCGCCACCACACUCGACCACGAUGACGACGAGGCGAACAGUGCAAACACCAAAGAAUACUCGGACGACUCAAACGACGGCAACGACGACAAUGAUGAUGAUGACGACGAAGAUGAAGACGAAGACGAUGUUGGUGGCGUCGGCUUGGGAUUCGGCGGAGCCCAGCGCGGCUUGGGAUUCAAGCCCGCCCAGCACGAAGAGACCGACCAGGGCGCAGCCGUAGCUACCGCUCCUCCCACUCGACCGUUCGCCAAGACCAAGUUCGACGGCAAAAACCCCCUCGGCCGUGGCUUCGUGCCGUCAUCCGCGAACGUGCCAGUCUUGCGAGCCGACGUCCAAGAUGCGCCUCCCCCGCCAAAGGUGGCCCAUCCCAGUGCGUUCGGCCCAAAGGGCAAGGCGAAACCCAAUCCCAAGUCCUUCGGCGCCCGGAUGAUGGCAAAGAUGGGCUACAAGGAAGGAGAUGGUCUCGGAAGAGAAGGACAGGGCCGAAGCGUCAUCAUCGAGGCGCACCUCCGACCGCAGGGCGUCGGUCUCGGUGCGGUGAAGGAGAAGUCGGAGCACGAGAAGAGGGAGGAGAAGCGACAGGCCAAAUUGCGAGGCGAGGAGGUGAUCGAUUCGGAAGAGGAAGAAAAGAAGAGGAAGAGAGAACGGAAGAAGAAGUCCGCCAGCGCAGGCGGCAGCAGCGUCAGCACCCCGAAACGACAAAAGCCCAAGUACAUGACGGCCGAGGAGAUCAAGAAGUCCGCCCCCGGCCUUCACAUCCCCGAGGCUUUCGCUCCCAUUCUCGACAUGACAGGGCCGGGCAACAAGCUUCUGACCACCGCGUCUGGGCUCCUGACGCCGACCUCCUCUGCAGUCGUCGAGUCUCCCGAGGUGGCGGCUGCUCGCAAGCUGGUCAAGAGAGCACACGCUGACUUGGCAGCUUUCUCGGAGGAGUGGAGGAACUUGGAGGAGCGCAAGACAUGGGUCGACCUGGAACUGCGCGAGAGGGAGCAGGAGAUGGCGGACCUCGCCUCGGACUUGGGCAGGCUACAGGUCUUUUCCAACAUCGUCACCAACGAGUUGCCCGUGGCCACCGAAUGGGACGAUGUCAUCCGCUGCCUGGAGAAGGCAGUCCAGCACAUUGGACCAGCGACCGAAGAGAUUGCAGACCUCGCUGUCGCGGCCAUCCAUCCCUUCUUCCGCGAGCCCGACUGGAACCUGUUGGAGCAGCCAACGCGAUAUGCCGCAGAACUCAAGGGUCUGGGAGGCAUCCUCACAAAGUCGGGCGAGGGCCACAAAACGAUGAACAAAUGGGACUCGACGGGCCUUCACGCCAACGACCUCUACCGCCAGCACCAAAAGGCGACGACGCCCUACGAGACCAUGAUGUACAAGCUCUGGUACACGAGGGCCAUGUCGGCCGUCCGCGACUGGGACGUCUUCAACCCGGCGCCGCUCCUGGCCGUCCUGGAGGCCUGGUCGGACCUGCUGCCCCCGUUCGUGCGAGCGCAGUUCCUCGACGCCGUCGUUCGCAAGCUGGAGACGGCGGUAGGCGAAUGGAACCCGAAGAAGAAGCGGCAGAGCCACAAGCUGCCUCACCUCUGGCUGUUCCCCUGGCUCCAGUACCUGCCGUCGUACCACCUCGAGCCUAAGGGCACGGGGCUGGUGGCCGAGGUGCGGAGGAAGUACAGACAGCUGAUCGACGUCUGGGAGUUUGACCGCGGCGUCAUCCCCGGGCUGGAGCAGUGGCGCGACGUCCUCGGCGACCAGUGGCGUCCGCUGAUCAUGAGCCAUGUGCUCCCCGCCAUGGGACGCUACCUGCGCAGGAACUUCCGGGUCGACCCAAGCGACCAGGAGCCGUACCUUCCGAUGCUCACGGGCGUGCUGCAGUGGUGUGACAUUCUGACGGCCAAGGUGCUGGGCGAGGUCCUCGUCGCGGAGGUGUUCCCGCUGUGGCACGAGAAGCUGAGCGAGUGGCUCGGCCUGGAGGACGCCAACUUUGAGGAGAUUGGGGCGUGGUUCGAGUGGUGGAGGGACGACGUGCUCCCCGAGGAGAUCAAGAACCUCAAGUCUGUGCAGGCGGAGUUUGUCAAGGGCUUUGCCACGAUUGAGCAGGCGUUGUAG